AUGGAUGGCCCAGGCCAGACCUCGAAUGCCGCCCCCGCGGGCAACUCCAGCGAUUUUGUGCGCAAGCUGUAUAAAAUGCUGGAGGACCCCUCCUACUCAUCCAUUGUGCGCUGGGGUGAUGAAGGCGAUAGCUUCGUGGUCCUAGAGUGCGAGAAGUUUACCAAGACCAUUCUCCCGAAACACUUCAAGCACAGCAAUUUUGCCAGUUUUGUGCGCCAACUCAACAAAUAUGAUUUCCACAAAGUCCGACAGAAUAACGAGGAGAAUGGCCAAUCACCAUAUGGGCAGAAUGCCUGGGAAUUCAAACAUCCCGAGUUCCGAGCCAACAGCAAGGAAUCCCUCGACAACAUUCGCCGGAAAGCCCCCGCCCCCCGCAAGCAGACUCAGAGCAAUGAAGAGUCAGCCCCUACGCAACAGAUCGAUCUGCUCAACCAGCAGAUCCUCGCGCAGCAACAGCAGAUUCAGCAUCUUUCUGACCGCUAUGCCCAGCUGACCGUGGACCAUCAGCUUAUGUUGCAGGAAGUGAUGCGAGUGCAAAAGACUGUUUUGAACCACGAGAAUGUCAUUCACCAGGUCAUGACCUACUUGCUUUCCGUGGAUGCGCGCCAAAGGAGAGACAGUAAAGCUGUUGGAUUCCAAGGACAGGGCUCAACCAUGAGUCCUAUGGGUCAGGUGGGAGCUGUGGACGACGAACCGUCUUCACCACUACAAAACGCCUCGAAGCUUCUGAGUGACAUGAACGCCGAGAUUCAAUUCAACCUGCCAAACAUGGAUUCGACAAACGAUCCUCAGAAGGCCGCUGGUGCGGCACCUGUCGCCACACCUUCAAUGGAUGCAUCCCGAAAUGGUAUGGUUCGACCGGCUACCACCGUACCACCGAACCCAGCGAUGGUCUACCCGAAAAUGGGCAACGACUUGGAACAAGUGGUGUACCCCGUCGGGGCGACGAACGGUAUAGACCCGAUGUAUGGCGAGCAUAUCAACAACGUUCCCUACCCGAUGCCCACCAAGACUGAAGUCGACACUGCCGAGGCUCGUCGACAACCAGAUAAUCGGAAAAAGAGUACCAACGUGGACCCCGGCUGGAUGCGCAGCCCCCGGAUUCUAUUGGUCGAGGACGACGCGACUUGUCGACAGAUUGGUGGCAAAUUCUUAUAUUCCUUCUCUUGUGUGAUUGACACUGCAUUUGAUGGCUUGGAAGCAGUGCAUAAAAUGCAGGGUGGCUCAAAGUACGAUUUGAUUCUGAUGGAUAUCAUAAUGCCUAAUCUGGAUGGUGUAUCGGCUUGUCAUCUGAUCCGUCAAUUCGACCAAACCCCUAUCAUUGCUAUGACCUCGAAUAUUCGAAGUGAUGAUAUUCAAUUAUACUAUCAACAUGGAAUGAAUGAUGUUUUACCAAAGCCUUUCACUCGCAAGAGUCUUCUCGACAUGCUGGAGACUCAUUUGACUCAUCUCAAAACAAUCAACCAAGGCGUUGAGGGUCCACCACCUCCUGUCCCGGUCACAAUGGCUCCUCAGACAUCAGCUACACAGUCCAUCAAAGAAGAUAGCUCCCCAGGUCAAUCACCCGCAGGAUCCAUGAACAAUUGGCAAUCACCUGGCCAAUUCCCAGGCAUGCAAGCCGUCCCACCAAACAUGCCUGCAAUGCAAGGACAAUACGUACCCACGGCACCCCCGGCGGCAUAUGGCGUUGAUCCCAAUGGUGUUCAGUUUCCUGCUCCGCCGGUUGCUGUUCCUUCUACUGGAGCUCCCGUUCGCCCGCCGCAUCGUCGACAAAUGUCUGAUAUGUCCAAUGCUGCGGAGAACCAGCAAAACAUGGUUAAACGACAGCGCAUGUAUGCCCAACCCCAGCCGAUGAUGGCAGUCCAAGCCGGACGGCCUGUCUAA